UCUCUGUAGAAGUGGCGUUGUAUAUAAGCCCGAGAGAGUGGGUUCUCUUCUUCCCUUUCUCUGCUUGUUUAAAGCUUUUUUCUCUUCUCUCUGGCAGAGAAUUCUGGGAGAAAGAAAGACGGGGCGGAGACUGGCAGGAGGGAAAAAGGCGCUCUCUUUUUUCGGUUUUGUGGAGGUUUUUUUUUCCCCCCCGAAUCUUUUAAGGGUUUUUGGUUCAGCGGAUGCACGUGUGUGCAGCUGGAGGGGGACUUGAUUGGAGUGUAGCAUUUUGACAGAAAUGGCAGCUAGUAGUGAAGCCAGGAAGAAGAGUGAACUGAGAGUUUUUGAAAGUUUAGAUGAGCUGGCCACUGAUCUUGCUGAGUACAUUGCACAACUAUCAGAGACUUCGGUGAAGGAGAGGGGAUGCUUUACUAUUGCUUUUUCUGGGGGUUCUCUUAUCAGCUUGAUUGGCAGGAAACUUUGUGAGGCUCCUUACAACAAGACUGUUGAUUGGACAAAAUGGUAUGUCUUCUGGGCUGACGAGCGUGCAGUGGCGAAGAAUCAUGGAGACAGUAACUACAAGCAAACAAAGGAUGGUUUUCUUUCCAAGGUGUCUGUUCUCAACAGCCAUGUCUACUCCAUCAAUGACAAUGUGACAGUGGAGGAUGCAGCAGGGGAGUAUGAAUUUGCUAUCCGCCAGCUAGUGAAGAUCCGCAUCAUAGGUGUUUGCGAGAGCAAUGAUUGUCCCAAGUUUGAUCUCAUUCUUCUUGGCAUGGGGCCCGAUGGCCAUGUGGCUUCACUGUUCCCUCACCAUCCGGUCCUCGACCAGAAAGAGGAGUGGGUCACCUACAUCACCAACUCCCCCCAGCCCCCACCUGAGAGGAUCACCUUCACGCUCCCCGUGAUCAACUCAGCAUCUAAUGUUGCUGUGGUGGCUACAGGUGAAGACAAAGCCGUGUCAGUUCACCUUGCUAUUGCUGAUGCCAUUGAUGGCCUGGAUGCUGUGUCAUUGCCUGCCCGGAUGCUUCUGCCAGCUGAUGGUAAAUUGGUGUGGUUCUUGGAUAAGCCAGCUGCCUCAGUUCUUGAUGCUGGUAGCAAUUUCUCUCAGCAUGCUGAGUGAAGUAGGAUGGUCUUUUGUCAUAUGUUAAUGCCUGUAGAUGUGGGCAAGAAAUGUUAGUUUUGGGCCUUUGGUCUUCUUUGUUAAUUUUCUGAGGGUAGCAGUGGUGGAGGGGCAUUUUGUUUGUACUUGCUAUGUGAUGAGGGGGUUAGUACAGAACAUAAUAAGUCAGUUUCGACACAAGGCUUUGAGCCCCUUUUUGCAGCUGGGAAGUGAUUAGAAAUGGGAACACAGAGAGUAUUUAAUGUAGAUAUUUAGGGAGAAGGGUGGUGUGUUGUUGUUCAUAGGCUGUUACCUCAGGAAAAUCCAUUUCUGGAAUUUAGCAGGGACCUUUCAAUGUUUUUUCCCCAAAUGUGAGGCCACCUUUAAUUGCAUCAAGUGAUGUAGAUAUGUGAACUCAUUUUUGUUGUGAUGAUUGACUUGGCUUGUGCAUCGUUUUUCCU